UUUAACUCCUCCCACUUUAUCCUUGAACGUCUUCGGGGGCGUUCACCUUGACACUACCCUACUUUCCUAUUGGCGGACGAGUUGCGACGUCACACGUCCGCGGCCAUAAGAAGACCGAUACCAGAGCGCCACCGUUCGCUGUAGGUUUAUACGUUGGUGAGAGAAGAUCGUGCGUCAUAAGGAUUUUUAGACUCGAGACUUGGCCCCUGUUUAUGGGGAGUGGAUUUUAGUCGAACCGUGUCAUACUUUGGAUUAACCCGUUUCGUGCCUUCGUUACGCCGACCUGGACUGGAUAACAAUCAACGGCCAGAUAGUGUUGUGCUAAGCAUGGUACCGCACAGCAACUCGACCGACGGUGGUAACGUGUCUGCAGCUUCGGCUGGCAAUCAUGACUUAGUGUCAGGAGGAGUCAGGCCGAAGAUAAGUGACAGAAGACAAUCAAUGAGUGAGGAGCAAGUCUUCGGAUCGCUCAAAGUCGAUUCCAAUUCUAGAACGCCAUAUACGGACGCCACGCAAUGCAAGAAAGUUACGAAUCAUAUCAAAAGACCGAUGAACGCUUUUAUGGUCUGGAGUCAGAUCGAACGAAGGAAGAUCUGCGAGCAACAGCCAGACAUGCACAAUGCCGAGAUCAGUAAACGGUUGGGUCGCAGGUGGAAACUUCUAUCGGAAGACGAACGUCAACCUUUCAUAGAGGAGGCCGAACGGCUGCGUAUAUUACAUAUGCAGCAAUAUCCAGACUACAAAUAUAGGCCCAAGAAGAAAGCGAAACAAUUGCCCAAGUCCGAAAAGUCCACCAGCAAACACAGUUUGGGUAAGCACAAGAGUAGUAGCGGAGGCGAUCGUGGUUCCAGCAAGCCCAAGCACCAACGCACGAGCGCAACCACGGUGACCCACGCCGUCAAUCAGAAUCGACUCAAACUCAAACUGACCAUCGACAAGAAGUUCAGAGACAGUAUUAGACAGAGUAAACACGUGCCGCUUUCUGUUAGUCAACUUACCCCGCCUGCCAAAGUCCCUUGCUCCCCAUCGGCAGACGAGCCGGCUUCACCCGAGAGUGCUAACAUUAGCCUAUACGACGAUCUGUUCGACAAGAGCACGGGGGGUAACGGUACCAGCGCGUGCGUUCCGCAAGCGUCGCGUCUGGCCGAGGGACCAGUGGACAGCAGCCUGGCCGAUUUGGACGCAUUGGCGGACGUAUUACAGUUCCCCUCCAACUGGGCACAGGAAUUAGGCAGCCUGACAAACCUCACGGAAUUGGACACCGUGGAUACCGCAAGUUCCAGUUCCGGAUCGCAUUUUGAAUUUCCAGACUAUACUACUCCCGAAGUGUCAGAUAUUUUGGGUGGAGGUGAUUGGUUGGAUACAAGUUUCGCAUCCUCCCUAUCACGUAUCACGUGA